AUGGCCCUCUCCGCGGCGCUCCGCGUCCCGCUCCCGCGCCUCCUCCGCGGACCCUCCCUCAUCGCCGCCGCCGGGGCCGCCUCCCGCCGCCGCGCUGCCGCCGCCGCCUGCGGCCCCACGCCCGCGCUCCGUUUCCUCUGCGCCUCCUCCCCGUCCUCCUCCUCUUCCUCCGGCCCCGCGCCCCGCGCCAGCCGCCGCGACGGCGAGGACGAGGACGGGCUGCCCGUCAGGGAGCGGGUCGUGCAGGUGGAGCUCCACAAGGAGGCCACCGAGGCCUACAUGUCCUACGCCAUGUCCGUGCUGCUCGGCCGCGCCCUCCCCGACGUCCGCGACGGACUCAAGCCCGUACACCGACGGAUACUCUACGCAAUGCAUGAAAUGGGUCUUGCGUCUCGUAGGCCAUACAGAAAAUGUGCCAGGGUUGUUGGUGAGGUACUUGGUAAAUUCCAUCCCCACGGAGAUUCAGCAGUUUAUGAAACUUUAGUGCGAAUGGCUCAGGACUUCUCAAUGAGGUACCCACUUGUUCAAGGACAUGGAAACUUUGGCUCAGUAGAUGCUGAUCCUCCUGCUGCAAUGCGAUACACCGAGUGCCGCCUGGAUCCAUUAACAGAAGCCAUGUUCCUGACUGAUCUGGAGCUCAAUACUGUUGACUACGUUCCGAACUUUGAUAAUUCACAGAAAGAACCAUCGCUGUUGCCAGCUCGUGUUCCAUCACUGCUGUUGAAUGGAUCUGCUGGCAUUGCAGUUGGAAUGGCGACAAAUAUUCCUCCUCAUAAUUUGGGAGAACUUGUUGACGCACUGUCUGUUAUAAUUCAAAAUCCUGAAGCUACGCUCCAAGAACUACUAGAAUGCAUGCCUGGCCCCGACUUCCCUACAGGAGGGAUAAUAAUGGGAAAUGAUGGUAUUUUGGAGGCCUAUAGAACAGGGCGUGGUCGAGUUGUCGUGAGAGGCAAAACCGAGAUGGAAACAAUCGAUAAGAAAAGCAAUCGAACAGCUAUCAUAAUUAAGGAGAUUCCGUACCAGCAAAAUAAAUCUACACUUGUGCAAAGGAUUGCUGAGCUUGUUGAAGACAAGGUGUUAGAAGGAAUCAGUGACAUUCGAGAUGAAAGUGACCGCUCUGGAAUGCGUGUAGUUAUCGAGGUGAAAAGAGGAGCAAACCCUGCCAUAGUCCUGAACAAUCUGUACCGUCAUACAACAUUGCAAUCUGGUUUCAGCUGCAACAUGGUAGCUAUUCUAAAUGGCCAUCCAAAGUUGAUGGGACUGAAGGAAAUUCUUCAGGCGUUCCUUGACUUCAGAUGUUCUGUUAUUGAAAGGCGUGCAAAGUUUAAGCUUUCACAGGCUCUAGAAAGAAAACAUAUUGUGGAGGGCAUUGUCAUUGGCCUUGACAAUUUAGAUUCUGUAAUUCAAACAAUACGAGAAACAUCAAAUCACACCAUGGCAAAGGAAUCUUUAGCGAAGGAAUAUGGUCUAUCUGAGAAGCAAGCAGAAGCUCUUUUGGACAUUACACUGAGGAAACUGACUUCCCUCGAGCGGAAAAAGUUUAUUGAUGAAGCUGAUUCUUUGUCCAAGAGUAUUUCAAAGUUGAAUGAGCUCCUAUCAAGCAAGAAACUGAUGUUUCAGCUUAUCGAACAAGAAGCAGCUGAUUUAAAGAACAAAUAUGCCUCCCCACGACGUUCUUUCAUAGAAGAUUCAGCAAACAGUGAAGUUGAUGAUAUGGAUGUUAUUCCUAACGAAGAAAUGCUUUUGAUUCUUACUGAGAAAGGCUAUCUUAAGCGGAUGAACCCCAACAACUUCAAUUUGCAACACCGGGGGACAAUUGGAAGAUCUGUUGGAAAGAUGCGAAAUAAUGACAGUAUGUCAGAUUUCAUUGUCUGCGAGACACAUAACCAUGUUCUUUAUUUCAGUGACAAGGGAAUAGUAUACUCAGCACGUGCGUAUAAGAUACCUGAAUGCACAAGAACUGCUGCUGGGACUCCAUUAGUACAGUUGCUUUCUUUGUCUGAUGGAGAGAAAAUAACCUCCAUUGUUCCUGUGAGUAAAUUUUGUGAAGACCAGUAUCUGGUGAUGCUGACUGUUAACGGCUACAUUAAAAAAGUUCCUCUGAAUGUUUUCUCAGCGAUCAGGUCAACAGGAAUUAUUUCAAUACGCCUGGCUCCUGGCGAUGAGCUCAAGUGGGUCCGUCUUUGUGGGGAUGAUGACCUUGUUGCUUUGGCUUCACAAAAUGGGAUGGUUAUAGUCAACACCUGCAACAAGCUUCGUCCGCUUUCAAGAACUACAAAAGGUGUGUGUGCAAUGAAGCUAAAAGAAGGUGACAAGAUGGCAGCCAUGGAUGUAAUUCCAUCCACAAUCCAUACAAUGCCUGAAAAAUAUAACACCAGGGUUAGAGAUUCGAGUCCUCCGUGGCUGCUCUUCAUCACUGAAAAUGGUUUUGGGAAGCGUGUGUCGCUAAAUGAUUUCCGGAAAUCACCUUUCAAUAGAGUAGGCUUGCGAGGCUACAAGCUUCCUGAAGAUUGCCGCUUAGCUGCUGUGUUUGUUGUGGGGGAAUCGACUGAUGACGAUGCAAGUGACGAGCAGGUUGUUUUAGUAAGCCAAGGUGGAACCGUAAACAGAAUCAUGGUCAAAGAUAUAUCCAUCCAGGGUCGUGCAGCAAAGGGAGUCAUUCUGAUGAGGCUGGAGCAUGCUGGGAAGAUCCAGUCAGCUUCACUGAUAUCAGCCGCUGCUGCAGAAGAGAUCAUGGAAGAUUGAUUCAGCUUACAAGGAAGAAUCUAGUAGAUUCGGUUACUGAGGUCCUCUUGGUUCGUGUGCAUUCCAAGCUGGGGAGAGGUGCAUUUUUUUUUUGUAUUGGGUGGCUCAUGCUGUGCUCCAGUAGAUGCUAGGAAUAACACCAAGAUUUAAUGCCAAGGCAGCUGAUUUGGAGUAGAACUCUAGUUGCCAUUAACCUGUGUCUAGAGAUGUCGGGUUUGCCAUGUGGAACCUGUAGCAUGACAGUAGACUUGAAAUGGACGUACUUAUAAUGCCAUUAGCGGUAGAAAUUGAUGUAAAUGUCGAAUGCUGCAUGCUCUGCGUUGCAAAAUUUGUUGGUCUAUGGAGUUAGUGCCUUACCAA